AUGUCCCAAAAGUUUGAGAAAUUGAAGGAGAAAGUGGUCAGAUCGUCUCCCACCAUCCCCUACACCUCGCUCGAUUUUUCACACGCUAAAACAUUAAGGCAAGAUAAAAUGAGGAGAGACCUCGAGUUUGCAAUUGGUGACCAUGUCUUCAUGAAGAUAGCACCAAUGAAGGAUGUUAUGCAAUUUGGGAGGAAGGGCAAGCUCAGUCUGAGGUUCAUUGGGUCAUUGAAGAUCCUAGAUAGAGUGGGAAUAUUGACAUACAGAGUGGUGAUACUGCCGAAUCUUGCAGAGGUACACAAUGUGUUCUAUGUGUCGAUACUGAGAAAGUACGUGUCGAACCCUUCGCAUGUACUGAGUUAUGAGUCAUUGCAACUUAUACCAAACUUAUCCUAUGAGGAGAAGCCUAUUCAGAUCUUAGGUAGACAAGAGAGGAAGUUAUGGAACAAGACAAUCAAGAUGGUCAAAAUCAAAUGGCUAAAUCACUUCGACAAGGAGGCCACUUGGGAAACUGAGUCAAACAUGAGGGGACCCAGAACUAUUCGUUAA